GCAUUGUUUUGGUGCGACGACCGCUAACCAGGAAGUGCUUGCAUGUUGGUCGUAAAGCAGGAUGAAGCGUCAUUUUUGCGACUACGGCAUGGCGUCAUUAUCGUAACGUAUUGGUAGAGUGUCGGUCCGUAAAUAAAGGUUUAGCCAACUUUGACCCGUAAUUUCUAAAAUAUUUUAGUUGUUUUUCUUUUUAUUGUUACGCAUGGCUUUUACAUGUAUAAGAAACAAUUGAACAAGAAAGCAUGGUUUAUGAACAAUUCCAGCAAAGAUGUUAAUUGAAGGCGUAUUUGCUAACGGUAACUAGCUAUAUGUUGCUAGCUGUGUAACAUUUACAUUCAUCUAACAUUUUGUAUGAAGCAGCUCUCUUUAACCUAACGUCAAAAUUGGCUACAGCAUUUAAUUCAAGAUUUAUCCACCGAGACUUGUGCAUACAAGAGAACCGUAUGCAUUAAAUUACAGCCUGAAUUGAGGUCAGUUUGUCUUCAUCGGCACUGAAAUCUAAAUUCAUGUAAAAUGUCAGCGCAAAAAGACUGCGAGUUUUUGGUGAAAAGAGCCCGGGAGCUCGUCUCUGAAGACCCGUGUGCAGCCAAAGCUUGGCUCAUAACUGCCAGAACUCUUUACCCUACAGAUUUCAACAUACAGUAUGAAAUGUACAUCAUUGAACGAAAUGCGGAGAGGACUACUUCUGCAGGAAGACUGCUGUAUGACAUGUUUAUAAACUUUCCAGAUCAGCCCAUUGUUUGGCGGGAGAUCAGUGUCAUCACAGCUGCUCUGCGCAGUGACUCUCAGGACAAACAUGCACAGUUUCUGCGAGGUCUGUUUGAGACACUGCCUGGUCGUGUGCAGUGUGAGAUGCUGCUGAAAGCCACAGAGCAGUGUUUCAACACACUGGAGAAGGCAGAGAUGCUGCUUCUCCUUCUUAAGCGUUUUCCAGAGUCUGUAGUCCAACACGGGGUCAAUCUAGGAGAAACACUGUUAGAGGCAGAGGCGUCUGAGAAUUUGGAGACUCCUGUCAACUGCUUUAGGAAACUUUUUGUGUGUGAUGUCCUUCCUUUGGUCAUCAAAAAUAUGGACAUGCGCUUGCCGGCCAGCUUGAUGCAGAAGUACAUGCUGAAAGCAGCUGAAUUCUAUAUCGGCUAUGUUACCCGUGGACCCUCACCUGAUAUACAGAUACAAGGCUCUCAAGAAGGUGGGUCGCUGAAAUCCCCCAGUGUGUCUCGUGGCUCCCAGCGUUAUGUGAUUGAUGGCCUAUCGGAAAAGUCUUCAGUGGUAGCAGAACCUUGGGAGAGAAUGUUGGAUAUCCUUGCUGUGGUUGGAGCGCGUUGCGAGUGGCAGGGGGACAAGGGACAAAGGAGUUACGUGGACAUGCUGCAGAGAGUGAAGGAGCUGUGCCGCUACCUGCCUGGUCUGGAAGGAGACACAAGGUCCCGCUACUGCAGUCAAGCUGUCAUCUAUGCUGCACUCGUCCUCUUCCGCAGUGCCUUUCUAUAUGUCUCAUCUAUACAGCCUGCACUGUUUCAGGGUGUGAAUGCUUUGAGUUCUGGGCCGUGGAUCCUCGUAGAGGAUUUGAGCUCAGUGUAUAAUGAUGUGGAGGUGGAAAGAGGAGUAGUGAAACAUGCACAUAAGAAACGCAAACUGGCAGAUGGGAGAGAGAAGACAAUGAGCUCAGAUGAUGAGGAAGGGUUGGGAAAAGGUCGAGGUCGACACAUUCAUGUGAACAAGACUGAGAUGCCCAACUGGUCAGAGACUCUGGACAGCUUCCGCACAGCAAGGGAAAGCUGGGAUCUUCUUCACUCCCAUGAUAGCCUAGAAUCUGAGUUCAAGAAGAUCUGUGCAUCUUGGAAGACAGACAGCUGGUUGUGGUUCAGAAUAUUUCUUACUGACAUGAUCAUAUACCAGGGACAGUACCGCAAGGCCCUCUCCAGUCUGCACCAGAUGGCUGCAGUGCAACAGCCUCAGCCAGGACAGCAGAGCCCUUCAGCUCAGGCCAGUCUGGAGCACCACAGGGCCCUCAUACAGCAGGCUUCCUGCCACUACGCACUGGGAGAGUAUAGGAUGGCCUGUGAGAAGCUGCUUGAUGUUGUCAGUGGGCUUGUGCCCCCAAACCAAGUAUCGACAAAGACCCCAGAGGAUCAGGGUAGAGUCAAGACCAAGACAAGGAAAGGUAAUGACCUGAGAUUGCUUCCCUGCACCAGCAAAGCUGUGUUACCUUUCUGUCUCCAGCUGAUGCUAGCCUGCUUCAAGCUCCGUGCCUUCACAGACAGCCGAGAUGACCUGUCCCUCGGUCAUGUGGUGGUGCUCCUGCAGUAUGAUUGGCCACAGGGUGAGCUGCUCUUUUUAAAGGCAGUGGAUAAGAUCUGUCAGCAAGGUGGUUUCCAGUACGAGAAUUUCUUCAACUAUGUCACCAACAUUGACAUGUUGGAGGAAUUUGCAUACCUGCGCACUCCAGAAGGGGGAAGGAUUCAACUGGAGCUGCUUCCCAAUCAGGGAAUGCUGAUAAAGAACCCUAGUCCCGCCCUGGGGGUGGAGUUAAAUACCCUUCUGCUACAAGGGGUGCAGACGAUGGACAGACACCACACAGUGACUCGUGGAAUUACCAAAGGAGUGAAGGAAGAUUUCCGUCUGGCCAUGGAGAGGCAGGUGUCGCGCUGUGGAGAGAACCUGUUAAGUGUGCUUCACCGUUUCUGCAUCAAUGAGAAAAUCAUCAUCAUCCAGUCUCUUCCCUGACAUCUGUCCUGUGACUUUUGAUCCUUUUCAUAUUUCGGGCACAUUUUUGAUGCAGCUGGACUGACUUUAUGACUCCAACAGCUGUUUCACAACAAAGAAGACAUUUCUUUCUCUCGUGUCUUUGUCAUCCAUCACUCAACAUCUUUUUAAAUGUGAAUCUCUCUUUUGAGAGUCUGUGAGAGUACUGGUUUUCACAAUAUACGUGCAGUUGUUGUGGUAUGUAUGUGGUAUAGUUUUCGUCUUUAGUGGUAACAAGUGCAUAAACACAUUUGAAGUGCUCUCAUCAUAUUGUGACAUUUUGUGGGAGUCCAAAAAAUUAAAAGCAUUUUUGAUAUUGAUGACUUUA